CCAGAUCCUUGCACACACAUCAUGUCCCUGGGACUGCUGUCACAUUUCAUAGCAUCACACACCUAAACUACAAGAUGUCCUGCCCUGGGGGAUUUACUUGUGAUUAAUGCUCAUCGUCCAAUUGAGAAGCUUUGCCUGAUCAGCAUUUCAUGGACCAGAGGGUGCAGUAAAGACACAUCAUGCAUUGAUUAAAAAGAGCCCAGACUGCAGUAGGAGUCUAUGGAGAGCACUUUUCCAGGUACAACAUGAAGACAUAGCCUGGUCCUGGUACUGAUAAAAAAAAAAAAAAAAACUACAAUAACUUGCCGUUUUGGAGUUAUUGUCAUAUCUAAGCACAGCCCUGAGUUCUCAUCACCCCCUGGCAUUCCAAGGUUCUAGAACUCAGCGUUCCAGUCCUGCUCCGCACUCUAAUUCCGCCACUUAUCACUGGCACUUCCCAGAAACCUUCGGCUCAUCUAGUAUAAGUGUCUUCUCCCAGCCAGCGGAUAGCUAACAGUCUGGACUUUGAAUCAGGGUCAUUCUAACGGCAGAAGCAUGCAGGUCUCUAUAGCCUGUACAGAGCACAACUUAAAGAGCCGGAAUGGAGAUGAUAGACACAGCAAGCAAAACUCCGGUGGUGGCAACGUGGUCAAUGCAGCCAGAGCCAGAUUCAGGACAGUGGCCAUCAUUGCCCGCAGUUUGGGUACCUUUACCCCUCAGCAUCACAUCUCUUUGAAGGAAUCCACAGCAAAACAGACUGGAAUGAAAUAUAGGAAUCUUGGAAAAUCUGGGCUAAGAGUGUCAUGCUUAGGGCUCGGAACCUGGGUUACAUUUGGAGGGCAGAUUUCUGAUGAGGUGGCUGAGCAACUUAUGACUAUUGCAUAUGAAAAUGGAGUAAAUCUCUUUGACACUGCAGAGGUUUAUGCAGCUGGAAAAGCCGAAGUGAUCUUGGGAAAUAUUAUCAGGAAAAAAAACUGGAGAAGAUCAAGUCUGGUCAUCACAACAAAACUGUACUGGGGAGGAAAAGCUGAAACAGAAAGAGGACUAUCAAGAAAACACAUUAUUGAAGGAUUAAAGGGUUCUCUCCAGAGGCUUCAACUUGAAUAUGUGGAUGUUGUGUUUGCCAACCGCCCAGAUAAUAAUACCCCCAUGGAAGAAAUUGUCCGAGCAAUGUCAUAUGUGAUUAACCAAGGGAUGGCAAUGUACUGGGGAACAUCUCGCUGGAGCGCAAUGGAGAUUAUGGAAGCAUAUUCAGUAGCAAGACAAUUCAACAUGAUCCCACCAGUGUGUGAGCAAGCAGAAUACCACCUCUUCCAAAGAGAAAAAGUAGAGGUUCAACUACCAGAAUUAUAUCACAAAAUAGGUGUUGGAGCUAUGACCUGGUCUCCUCUUGCAUGUGGAAUCAUUUCUGGAAAAUAUGAGAAUGGCAUUCCGGAAACUGCACGAGCGUCUCUAAAGUGCUACCAGUGGUUAAAGGACAAAAUAUUAAGUGAAGAAGGGCGCAAACAACAAAAUAAGCUAAAAGAUUUAUCACCAAUUGCAGAAAGACUUGGUUGCACCCUGCCUCAGCUUGCUGUAGCUUGGUGUCUGCGGAAUGAAGGAGUAAGCUCUGUUCUCCUGGGGUCUUCUAAUCCGGAGCAGCUUGUUGAAAACCUGGGAGCUAUACAGGUUCUUCCAAAGAUGACAUCACACAUUGUAAACGAGGUUGACAACAUUUUGGGAAACAAGCCAUACAGUAAAAAGGACUACAGAUCAUAACGGACUGCAUUAAAAGAGGACUGCAUGGUUAUAAUAGUGCCCUGUAUAUAGUACUGGAUCAGUAUCUGUACACUGGACUUCCAGUUACCUGCUGUAGUAUUUGUCAUAACCGGGGUUGUAAACACGGAACACCUAUCCUGCAAGCACAUAAGCAACUCCUAAUAUUAUUUGUACUUUGUUUCUUACAAUUUAAUUCCAUGCAUUUUUGCUUACGCUAGGAUAAAGCUACGGUAAACAUUUAAACUGAUAUGAGAAAUAUUAUAGGUUGUGACAACGAAGCGGUAAAAAGCUUGUUUUUUUAAAUAUGCAAUAUAUUUUCCUACUGCAUUAUUGUUCUCUGGGCUUUAUGGAAACACAAAAUAUUAUUUUAGGAGGUAAAUAUGAACUCAGAUGCUCAAGUAACAUUUCUUGGUAUGUACUUAUUUUAAGCUUCUUCGUUCCUUAAUAAAUAUGUAGUGAAUUGCUGGUUUGUCAUAUCACCCAGUGAGGAUUCAAAGUGGAUUGAAAGAGAAUUUCACAUUCAUGGCCAAAUUAACCGAACUGAAAGCCAAGCUGACUUUAGAUGUCACUUUAAAUUCUCACUUUAGUGAAUAAUCCAGAGUUGACACUUUGCCUUUUUUGGGUGGGAAGCUUCGGAAUUCUGCAUUCUUUCAGAAAAGGCUUAAACGUAAAUGUAUAUGUUCCUCACCUGAAAUUGGUCACUUAAUCGUAGCAUUUCUAUUUGAAGCACAGUCAUGAUCUGUUAGUGAAAUUAACACCAAGUGAAAAAAGUGUUACAUACGGAUGGGCAGCACCUUCAAGCCCAGCAUGACAGAACGCAGAAUUUAUGUGUCCCGAAAAAAAAUAGUAGAAUGGCAAUCCUAGUGUGAGCUACAAAAUUCUUUUAUAGAAUCAUCAAAGACAGGACUAAACGAACUAAGAGGGAAAAAUUUACAAAUAAGUAUGUAACAGCUUAAGAAAAAAGAUCAAACAAGAAA